AUGGAAGGAAAAAUACAAAAAGGACCUAGACAAGCUAACAGCCAGGGAGGCAAGCGGUCACAGAGAGAGCUGUUCAAGAACCCUCGGUUUAUCGUUGAAGGAGCACAGCGUCAUGAUCUGGACCAGGGCUAUCUGGGAAAUUGCUGGUUCGUGGCGGGGGCAGCAACUCUAGCUACAAGCGACAAAGCUUUGUUCGAGAGAGUUGUUCCGCCUGAUCAGGAUUUCGACGCUAGUUACGCAGGCGCAUUCCGAUUCAACUUCUGGUGGUAUGGCACGUGGACGGAAGUCAUUGUCGACGACUACCUGCCGACAGAUGGUCGGGAACUCAUUUACUGUCACAAUCGAGAGCGUCCGGAUGAGCUGUGGCCGCCACUGCUGGAGAAGGCGUAUGCCAAGCUUCGUGGCUGUUACGAGGCCCUGGAUGGGGGUCAGAUGAAGGACGCCAUGGUGGACCUGACGGGUGGUAUCUCGGAGGUUAUCAGCCUGGAGGACAAGGACAAAGUGAACUAUGAGCUCUACGACCUGCUUGUGUGCUCUUUCUCUAUGAAGUCCAUGCUGGGGGCUUCCAUCUCUCGUCCAGUAGGCUCCACGGAGUCGGAGGUGGGGAUGUCGAAUGGCCUGUACAUGGGCCAUGCCUACAGCAUCACGGGUUUCCAACAGCUGAAGACAAGCAAGAGCGUUGUGCGGCUGAUGCGGUUAAGAAACCCUUGGGGCCGAGGAGAGUGGAAUGGCGCCUGGUCAGACAACUCCAGAGAAAUGCAGUCGUUGCCAUCAGACAUCAGAGCAGAGAUGGAUGCCCGAAGUGUGGACGAGGGCGAAUUCUGGAUGAGUUUCGAAGAUUUUGUGAAGAAUUUCCAAGAAAUUCAACUUUGCCAUCUUCAGAUAGAUGCCAUGGUUGAAGAACUCCGAGACAAUCAGAACAAGCAGAACUGGAAUGUCAUGGUGUACCACGACGAGUGGAUCCGCGGAGUCACAGCGGGUGGUCGUUGCAAUCCUCCUAACGAGCGUCUGUACUGGAGCAACCCCCAGUUCUACCUGAACCUGUCGAAGACUGACACGGUUCUAAGCAGCAGAGGGGAAUGUACUAUUAUCAUCUCUCUCAUGAAGAAGGAAACCGACAAAAAUGCAUUGAUAGCGAUAGGGUUUGAUGUUUACAGACUGCGGAAACCAGACCUUCGGCCACUGAACGAAAGACGUGCCCCCGAGAACACCCUUGAUAUGGCGAAGACGUCGGGGAAUUACGAGUGCUACCGGGAAGUGACGAAACGGAUGGUUCUGCCUCCCGGACAUUACGUCAUCAUUCCAUCAACGUACCUACCUAACGAAGAGGCCAAGUUCAUGCUGAGGAUUUUCACAGAAAAGUUCGCCAAUAGCAGUGUUAUGGAAGAGAAGCCAGACAUGUCGGACAAAGAUAUCCCGCCCAUCUUGUCGCCCAAGGAUUUUGUCUACGACCUGUUUAACAAGAUCGCCGGCAGCGACAGCAUGCUGGAUGCCGCGGAACUGCAGACCUUUCUCAGUGCUGUCUCUGAAGAAGACAUCAAGAAACAAGUAAACUUUAGCGUGGAGCAGUGUCGGAGUCUUCUUCCAAUGAAGGAUGAAAGUCGCACUGGAAGACUGGGCUUCAAUGAAGCCAAGAAACUCUGGAAGGAAAUAAAAGCUUACAGGGAGGUGUUCCUGCAUUUUGACAGAGAUAAAUCAAACUCCGUGGACACUUACGAACUUACCAACGUGUUCACCAAACUAGGCUUCCCUGUCGCUCGACCUGUUCUGACCGCUAUUGUGCGUCGCUAUGGUGACCGGGACAAUCGCAUCUCGCUGGAGGACUUCAUCGUUAUAAUUUUCCGACUAAUUGAACUUUUCAAAGUGUACCAGGCACAAGAACAAAGAACGGGCCGCUCAGGUGUAGCAGAAUUCUCAAGGAAUGAGUUCUUGCAAAACACAAUGUACUUGUGAGGAUUUCGGUGGUGCGAUGAAUGUUCCUACAGCUUCGCAGACGACAGGUGGCUGCUGAGGAAACAUAUUGGAGAAAAUGUCGAAGGAACUACUGAGAAAAUUUAAGGUUACGGAAUACUUGCACAUUCUUUGCACAUGUCAAGGAAUGGAUCACAAGAAAUUGUCUAAAGAUUGACUGAACAAUGUUAAGAAUUUUAACUCUCAUUAUAACUAGUAUUAAUUGUUGAUAAAAGUAGCAAAACAUUUCAGCUGAAAUAAACUUUUUCCGGGAAAUGCUUGGUGAAGAUCAGACAAGAAGCUUUAAUAUAGCACUUGAUAAAGUGUGACCCUUGACCUUUAUUUGUCAGCCCGAUACUUUAUUUGUCAGCACUACCGAUACUGUCACGAGGACUCGUGUGUGGACAGAAUAGGCACGAGAAGAUUCAAACCUUCUCGUCUACUGUUGGAAGAGGAUAGUACCGCCUUAGAUUGUUCCAGGUUCUCAUCCAAACUAACCUCAUUUCAGCAUCCUACCUUCCAGCUCCUCGUUCAUCACCAUCAGCGCCUUAGAUCGUUGCUGUCAUCUUGUCGUUAUUGGUAGUGGGGGGGACUGUCGUCGUCCUCAUACAUCUAACAUUUCUUUCAACAUCAAAGAUUCCCCAAUCGCGUUCAUCAUCAAUAUAGUUUUUGUUUUUCCAUCUUUUAAUCCUCAUAACACCCAUCAUCCAAUUUUUUUUUGAUCUUGUAAAAGACAAGCCAUGAUCUGCUAAAAGUUGUAGGUCCACUCACAGGCUUCUAUCGCAUACCUUCGGCAACUUUCGAAGGGUACUUUGGUAGCGACUGAUUUAGUUGCAGUAGAUAUUCUAGGUCAGGGAUGCCCAACCUACGGCCCGCGGGCCCUAUCCGGCCCGCGACGCUGUGCCAUCCGGCCCGCGAAACUUCUGCCCACAGUGCAGAAAAUCGGCAUGUUAGUAAUAAAAAA